AUGGCUUCCAGAUUAUCACAGUCAGAAGAGGAUGUCUCCUGUCCUGUGUGCCAUGACAUCUUCAAGGAUCCUGUUCUGCUGUCAUGUAGUCACAGUGUCUGUAGAGUUUGUCUGCAGCAGUUCUGGAAUAAUAAAGGAUCCAAGGAGUGUCCAGUCUGCAGGAGAAGAUCAUCCAGACAUGACCCUCCCCAUAACCUUGUGUUAAAGAACCUGUGUGAGUCUUUCUUACAGGAGAGAAGUCAGAGAACUUCAGCAGGGUCUGAGGAGUUCUGCAGUCUGCACAGUGAGAAACUCAAACUCUUCUGUCUGGAUGAUAAACAGCCUGUGUGUUUGGUGUGUCGGGAUUCAGAAAAACAUACAAACCACAAAUUCCGUCCAAUCGAUGAAGUUGCACCAGGUUAUAGGGAGGAAGUGAAAGCUGCACUGAGGCACUUACAGGAGAAACUGAAGAUCUUUAAAAAAGUCAAACUGACCUGUGAUCAAACAGCGGAGCACAUUAAGAUCCAGGCCAAACAGACAAAGAGACAGAUUAAAGAGGACUUUGAGAAGCUUCAUCAGUUUUUACGAGAUGAAGAGGCAGCCAGGAUAGCUGCAGUGAAGGAGGAAGAGGAGCAGAAGAGUCAGAUGAUGAAGGAGAAGAUUGAGAAGAUGACCAGAGAGAUCUCCUCUCUCUCAGAGACGAUCAGAGCCAUAGAAAAUGAGAUGGGUGCUAAAGACAUUCUGUUUCUGAAGAACUAUAAGACUACAGUAAAAAGAGCCCAAUGCACACUGCAGGAUCCACAAAUGGUUUCAGGAGCACUGAUCCAUGUGGCAAAGCACCUGGGCAACCUGAAGUUCAGAGUGUGGGAGAAGAUGCAGGAGAUCGUUCAAUACACCCCUGUCAUUCUGGACCCCAACACCACACGACUCAUCCUGUCUGAGGAUCUGACCAGUGUGAGAUUCAGUGAUGAGAAACAGCAGCUUCCUGAUAAUCCAGAGAGAUUUGAUAAAUAUUCAUUUGUUUUGGGCUCUGAGAGUUUUAACUCAGGGGCAUAUAGCUGGGAUGUUGACGUUGGGAGUAGCACAGCAUGGUAUGUGGGUGUGGCCACAGAGUCAAACCAGAGGAAGGGAGAAGGAGCCCUAGACGGAAUGUGGCGUGUGGGUCAUUACAAUGGGAAAUAUUAUCCAUGCCUUACAGGAAAGUCAUUGACUCCCCUCACAUUCAAUAAGAAACUCCAGAGGAUCAGAGUGCAGUUUGACUGGGACAGAGGAAAGCUGUCAUUUUCUGACCCCCUUACUAACAUGCACAUACACACUUUCACACACACGUUUACUGAGAGAAUGUUUCCAUUCUUCUCUAAUGGCUGCACACUCUCCCCCUUGAAGAUCUUACCUGUGAAGUGUUGUGUCAGAGUGGAACAAAACAGUUAG